AUGUUCCGCCUUGCUCCCAGAACUUACGGCGCCUCGAGGCACAUUCUACAUCCGCAGAUAUCAUCUCGCCGAGGCUUUGGAGCUACCGCUAUAGCUAUGGAUUACGCCUCCAUUCCGACACCAGCUUCGUGCUAUGCCGACUUUUGUUUGAUCCCCAUUGGCACAAACACCGUCUCCGUGGCAGAGGAAAUCGCCCAGGUUCAGCGGGUACUCAAAGCAAGUGGUCUGAAAUACACGAUGCACUCUGCUGGAACAACUGUUGAGGGUAACUGGGAGGAGGUCAUGACGGUGAUCGGCAAGGCCCACUCGGCAGUUCAUGAAAAGGGCGUUGUGAGGGUUCAGUCCUCAAUGAGAGUUGGAUCGAGGACGGAUAAGAAGCAGACUGCAGAGGAUAAAGUCAAGAGAGUCGAGGAUUUGCUGGACGCAGACACCAAAUAA